GAGAAACUUUGAUAAAUGCAUCGGCGUUGAAUGGCCGCUAAUAAUCCAAUUGGAUCCAUAUGUGGGUCUAUUUCUAGCAACCAAAAUUGUAGUUUCAGCAAUGAAAAAAUGUUGACGGCGAAAAGCCCACAUUUGGCAAUACACAAAUUGCAUCGCCGAAGUCCAAUUUUUUAGGCGCGAGUUUUUUCGCUCCACAAUUUCCACUUGGCGCUUCUUUUCAGGGAUUCACCGAUGAAGUUUUUGGGUUGGCAUAAGUAGUGCUUAUAAAACGACGUAGUAUUAGCGUUACGACCAUGGCGAACCAGGCGAAAUUGAAGCUCCUGCAAUCUCCUUUUCAGUGAUUCAUCAUAGACAAAUUGCUGAAUCAAUUCCAAAGUUCUCCAACACUUGUUGCUAGCAUUUUCCUCUGUCAGUGUCAUAUUCUUAAGAUAUGGAUAGAAGUUGGAUGGCUCUUUCUGACAGAUUUAGUCAACCCUAUGUCGACGGGGUGGACUAUUUCAAUGAAUUUGCAAGUGCAAAUUCAGGUGAGGCGGUGGAGAUUAAGUGUCCAUGUAUUGAUUGCCGAAACUUUUAUAAGCAUAAAUAUGAUACUAUAAAAGCUCAUCUGCUUGUGCGGGGAAUCAUGUUAUCUUAUACCACUUGGUUAUUACAUGGUGAAAUUCCUGAACCCGAUGAUCAAGAUGAGAGCGAUGACGAAAACAAUAAGGAUAAUGAUGAUGUUUAUGGGGAACUAUUAAACGACCACUAUAGGGGGACAUACAUGGAUGAUGAUACUAGUGAGAAGAAUGGCGUUCAAGACUUUGAGAAAUUGUUGGAGGCCUCCCAAUGUGGCUUGUACCCAAGAUGCAAAAAAUCGGAUACCCUCUUAGCAUUUGUCAUUGAGAUGUUACAAGUGAAGGUACAAUAUAGGUGGAGCAACUCUUCUUUUAAUGUGUUUUUGUCAUCACUAAGGCGAUUUCUACCAGAAGGCCAUGUAGCUCCUCGGUCAAUUGAUGAGUGCAAGAAGUUAUUACGUGACUUGGGCUUAGGAUAUGAGCUCAUCGAUGCGUGUCCAAAUGAUUGUGUGUUAUAUUGGAAGGAGAAUGCUCACCUAGAAAAAUGUCCCAAUCCCAAAUGUCAGCGACCUCGAUAUAAGGUCAAUGAUGGCAAAGGUAAGAAGAUACCGCAUAAGAUAUUACGUUAUUUCCCAGUGACGCCUAGGUUGCAAAGAUUGUAUAUGAAUCCAGACAUAGUCGAGGACAUGAAAUGGCAUAGUGAUAAGCGAGUGGAUGACGAGGAUAUGAGGCAUCCAGCCGACACCCCUCAGUGGAAGAGAUUAGAUGAAAAAUAUCCUGAGUUUUCCUGGGAGACUCGGAAUGUGAGACUAGGAUUUGCCACAGAUGGGUUCAAUCCUUUUGGCAACAUGAGCACAUCAUACAGCAUGUGGCCUGUGAUAUUAAUCCCAUAUAAUUUGCCACCGUGGAGAUGUAUGAAGGACCCUUUCUUCAUGAUGCCAUUACUUAUUCCAGGACCAAAUCAACCGGGGACUAAUAUUGAUGUCUACUUAAGGCCUUUGGUUGAUGAAUUGAAGGAACUAUGGAAGAAUGGUGUCAGAACUUAUGAUGCGUCAACCAAAGAAACCUUUCAAAUGCAUGCGGCUAUAAUCAGGACCAUUCAUGACUUACCUGCAUAUGGUGAUGUAUCUGGGUGGAGAACAAAAGGCUAUUUGGCUUGUCCCACUUGCAAUGAUAGCCCGCUGUCUCACAAGUUGAUUAGUAAGAUUGGGUGGUUUGGUCAUCGAGCUUACUUGCCUGAUAAUCAUCCUUUGAGGAAGGACAAGAAGUUCAACGGUUUGCCAGAGUUUGGCAAGAAAACUUUGGACUUACCAGUGGAAAAAGUAAUGGCUCAGUUGGCUAGGUUGCGACCAGUCGAGUUUGGAAAGGAUACUUCGAGUAAAAAAAGACCUCGUCAUGUUGAAGAGUUGAAUUGGACGAAGAAAAGUAUAUUAUGGGAGUUGGAGUACUUUAGUGAAUUGUUGGUCCCACACAUGCUUGAUGUGAUGCAUAUAGAAAAGAACAUAUGUGAAAGCUUAUAUGGGACAAUGCUGGGUAUAGAUGGAAAGAAUAAAGAUACGUACAAAGCACGCGAUGAUUUGAAAGUAAUGGGAAUACGGCCAGAAUUGCAUCUACAAGUUUCUCAAAAUGGAACAAUUGUGAAACCUCGAGCAAUGUACACGUUGGAUUCACAUCAAGUAGAUGAGUUUUAUGAAUUUUUGAAGUCAAUUAGUUAUCCAGAUGGCUAUGCAUCUAACAUAUCAAGGUGUGUGAAUUCAAAGCAUGGAAGGUUAUCGGGUAUGAAAAGCCAUGACUGCCAUGUUCUCCUUCAACGUCUUUUUCCCAUUGGCAUGCGCGGUUUUGUGAACAAGGAGAUAUGUACGACUUUGUUUGAGUUGGGGAAUUUUUUUCAAGAACUUUGCUCGAAGACAAUAAAGCGGAGUGAGAUGGAAAAAUGGGAAGAACGAGCAGUACUCAUACUUUGCAAACUAGAGAGGAUUUUCCCACCAGCUUUCUUUGAUGUUAUGGUUCAUUUGACUGUUCAUUUGUCGCGUGAGGCCAUGAUUGCUGGACCAGUGCAUUAUCGAUGGAUGUAUCCUAUUGAAAGGUUUCUUGGAAAACUAAAAGGUUAUGUGAGUAACAAAGCGCGUCCAGAAGGGUCGAUUGCUGAGGCUUACAUUUUGAAAGAGUGCAUCACUUUUUGUUCAAUGUACUUAAAAAGAGGUACUAAGAACCCUGAGCGGAAUAACGAUGGUGGCAUUCGUGGCCUUGGGAUGGAGAUAUUCCACCAGCGUGUCCGUCUCUUCUCUCCGAUCACAAGGGCUCCCGAUCCUUCCCAAAAAGAACGGGAAAUGGCUCAUUGGUUUGUGUUGUACAAUUGCCCCGAGGUGGAGCCAUAUCUAGAGGAACAUGAGAGCAUUAUACAAAUUCCACAAGGAUGUGAUGUAACUCAAAUACAACGAGAACAAUUUCCAAUUUGGUUCAAAAAACGGAUGAAUGACUUGAGAAGUCAAGGAUCUCCAAAGGCUACCGAAGAGCUGUGGUCAUUAGCAAAUGGCCCCGGUUCAAUAAUUGGUCUUUAUUCAGGUUGCAUCUCCAAUGGUUUUCGAUUCCACACCAGAGAUCGUGAAAAACGUCGGAUGUGUCAAAAUAGUGGCUUAGUUGUCGAAGGACUGCAUAAAGGGAAGACCAUUAACUUUUACGGUUACGGUUACUUGUGUAAAAUUUGGGAAUUACGAUAUUCACAUGGUGAUACAGUGGUUCUAUUUAAGUGUGAAUGGUACAACACCGGCCACAAAAAAAGGAUAUAUACCGAUGGACAUGUCACAAGCAUUGAUAUCACAAGGCUUUGGUAUAAAGAUGAUCCAUUUGUACUUCCGAGUAAUGUGAGGCAAGUCUUCUAUGUAAAUGAUACUAGUAAAGGAAAAAAUUGGCGAGUGGUAGAACUAGUUAGACAUAGAGGUGUAUGGGAUAUACCUGAGCAAGUUGAAUCGCCUAACGAACCGUUUCAGCAGGAUGAAACCACUGAUAGUGGUGUCCCAAUCUUCAUUGAAAAUGAUGUUGGUCAUAACAAUAGGGAUGAUGCGGAUCCUGAGAUCAUUCUUGAGGCUGAACUUUUGGCUGACCAUGGAGAUGAUGAGGAUGAUACAAUGGCAGAAUACAUAGAUGACGAAGACAAUGAAUUGAGUGGACAAGCUGACACUAAUGCAUAUGUUGAUGUAGAUCUUGAAAUCGAUGUCGAUUAUGAUGACUAGAUUUUGACUAUAUGUAACUUCUAGUCAAGAUGGUGAUAUUAAUUAGUGACUUUUGCUAUUUAUAUUACAUCAUCUUGUGUUAUAUUACAUCAUUUUGUGUUACAUUACAAGAUCUGCAUUCAUUAUGAUAGCUAUAAUGUCUGUUAAUAUGUGGAUUUCUAAUAGAGAUUGUGAUAUUAAUUACUAAAAGUUGAUCUCCAUGUUCUGUUUUUUUUUUUUUUUGGUUACAUUUCAAACAUGUAUUCAUCUCAUUUUACCAUAUGUCAUGUGUGUAUUUCAUGGUAUUUCAUUUA